AUGUCCAAUCUGUCUCCGGUGACUCCUACCGAAAAGUCACCGGAUGAAAAUGGCCCUAGUCGUGGUGAAAUACUUCCUAGUCAAAGUAGAGUGAUAGGUGCGCAUCCUCAGCCCGAUGAUGCUGAGUUGCCCGCUGGAGGGAGCGAUCUGCCCUCGUCUCUCAAUUGCGGUGAAGCCCAAUCCGCCAUAGGAAUUGCUCGAAGAAUUUGUCAACUUGGCAGCCAUAACAUUGAUGAACAAACCACAUCCGCCAUACCGGGCUACCAGGCCAGCAUGGGUGGUUCCAUGGCAAACCCGGCAACGGGCCAGCGCAUUCCAAUAUCUUCCAUCUUGCGUCAGCCUUUCCCUCCUAUGGAGCAUGUAUAUAGUCUGCUGGAAGAUUAUUUUGAUGCUGUACACUGGUUUUCUCUCGCCAUUUACGAGCCAAAAUUCAGAAAGAGCCUCCUCUCUAUCGCGGAUGGUUCUGCACACCCCUCACAACGACCGUUUCUCAUGCUGUUAGCUAUGAUGCUUGCAAUGGCAUCGUGGUACCGAUCCCAGAGGGGUUGCACCGAUCCCGCCGACAACACCGAUGAUAUGAAGAAAUUGAGUGCCGACUUGUUGGGGCUGGUUGAAUCAAACCUAGUGGAAUUAAUGGAUCAACCUUCGGUCACCUCGGCCCAGACCUGCAUCCUCUUAGGAUGGCUCAGUCUUUGGGAAUGCACCGGGGAUUACAGCGGGGGGGAUUUCGAAAAUAUCGAGGAAAGAAAAAGAGUGUGGUGGACGAUUUACACAUGGGACAGGUUUGCGUCAAUUACUUAUGGCCGGCCAUUAGGUAUCAACGACAAGGAUUGCAAUCUUGACAUGCCAGCGGAUGUGUUUGAGAACCCGAAUUUUGUUGCCCCAGCCUCCGGGGAGGCGAGCCCCAUUUGCUAUUCAACCUACCAGCGGGAGUUGAACCAGCUCUACUUGAUUGCAUCGCCUGCUCUCAAGACCGUUUUCGGCUCCCGUACUCUCAGGACGUCCGAACAGCUAAAUGGUGAGACAUAUUUUGCACUAGUCAGACACGUCACUGAGAACCUCCAAAAAUGGCGAGCCUGCCUACCGAGCCAUUUGGGGUUGGAUCUUAAUCGGGACUUCGAUCCCGAUGAUAGGCCAGGCUUGAGGGCAUACGCUCUGCAGUCUCUGUCACUGCAAUUGACUUACGAUAAUGUUCUCAUUGUACUGCAUCGACCUUUGUUAGCACGGCAGGUUGAUCAUCUCUAUACCGUGAAUAAGCAAUCACCGGAGGAAGGCAGAACAGAUAACAUCAUGUAUAAUCCGACCGCCACUCCCUCCGUGACCCAGUCGCACUUAUCUCCCGACUCCGCAUUUCCCAAUACGCAGACCACAAGUCCAGAUCUAUGGAUGAAUGCCGCAACAAGAACAUCGAGGGUGACAGAACUACCAGCUCUAGCCCAGCUCGCCACCGACAGCCAUCUCUGCGCAUUUCUCGCCAUCAAUCUGUUCAAUGCCGCUAUUGUGUUGGCUGUGAUGGCUCUCUCAGAGCCUCUUUCCGAUACCGCGCAGGAAGUAAAGCGAACAAUUACUCGCAUUCUUCGUCUGGAAGAUCUGCUCGGAAGACGGUCUGCACUGUCGAAACAGAGCACGGCUGUGCUGAAGAAUGUUGUCAUAAUGCUCCUCCGUCGUGAAUCAACUGCCAUGCUUGCCCCCAUUACCGCAACAAGCCAAGUAAUGGGUCAUCAGCCUUUAGAGACCCUGGCGGAUCCGUCAUUGAUCUCUGUUGAAGACACUCUUCGGAUGCCGCUCGAUGCGACAUGGGAUUCUCGUAAUCCUCUUGCUAGAGACCAACGUCUGCCGGACCUCAGCAGGGCUGAUCGUCUGAAUAAUAGCUUAACAUCUGUCCAAUAUGCAUUGGGUCCAGGGGAUCGCUCUGCCGGCAUUCCUACUAUCGGAGAUAACAUUCAACUUGGUGAAUUUGUUGAGCCAAGCAUACAAACACACGAAGCAUGGCAGCUGCCAGCAGAAUACGAUUGGAACAUGCCUGGUCUAUCUCGGGAACCUGUGGAAAGCAAUCACCAGGAUAGUGUUGAAGGCGGGUUAUAUUGGUUGUGGGACAUGACGUGGAAUGAAGUUGGAGGGUAA